UAUAUUUUAUGGCGUUUGUGUGCCCCGGUGAAUUGUUUCAAUGUUUACUAUUUGGUUUUAUGUUUUAUGAUGUAGUCAUUUCCGAAAGAUUGGGAGCUAGCUAGGCAAGGCGUAAUAGAGCACUUCCGGUUUCCUUUUCUCUCGUUAUCAACAUGGCGGAUGAAGCCACUAGGAAAAUAGUUUCCCAAAUACCGAUUUUAAAAACCAAUUCUGGGCCGAGAGACAAGGAGCUGUGGGUGCAAAGACUGCGAGAGGAGUAUAUGUCUCUAAUUAAAUAUGUGGAAAACAACAAACAAGCAGAUAACGACUGGUUUCGCCUCGAAUCCAACAAAGAGGGUACGAGGUGGUUUGGAAAAUGCUGGUACAUCCACGAGCUUCUGAAAUACGAAUUCGACAUGGAGUUUGACAUUCCAGUCACGUAUCCAGCCACAGUGCCCGAGGUGGCGAUCCCAGAGCUAGACGGCAAGACGGCGAAGAUGUACAGGGGCGGUAAGAUCUGCCUGACGGAUCACUUCAAACCGCUUUGGGCGAGGAACGUGCCUAAAUUCGGAUUGGCUCAUUUAAUGGCGUUGGGACUCGGACCCUGGCUCGCCGUCGAGAUCCCGGACCUCAUUGCCAAGGGGAUAAUACAGCACAAGGAGCAGCAGGGCAGCUGAACUUUCGGGAACGAUGGAGAAAAUGAACUGACUUGAGUUAACAACCCGGUUUGGCAAAAUGCCAGACACAGAAACUAUUCACCCCAAUUAUGGACCAGUUUAUGGACUUCUUGUAAAUGUAUAAUGUCGAAGGUUUGUGUUUUGACUUUCUGACACCGGAUUAAACCGAGACAGUGGCAUAAUAA